AUGGAAGCAUUGCUGGGAACAACGCUGUUGCAUGGAACGGCGCAGGUGGCGACUUCGUCACUGCAAGGAGGGGUCGUAGCCCUCUACUUCUCCGCUGGAUGGUGCCCUCCGUGCAAAGGGUUCACUCCUCAAUUCCGCAAAGUGUACGAGCACGCAAAAUCGAAGAAUCGGGCCUUCGACGUCGUUUUUGUAUCCGGUGAUCGUGACGAGACCUCUUUCCGGGAGUACUUCGGCAAAAUGCCGUGGCAUGCAUUGCCCUUUGCGGACCGCCAACGUCAACAGCAGCUCUCUGCAAAGUUCGGUAUCCGUGGAAUUCCUUCGGUUGUCCUGCUCAGUUCGUCUGGGCAGCUUUUGGAUGCCAGCGCGCGAGGCAAGGUGAUGGAGUCGGGGUUCGUCCUGUCCCUGCCACGCUGCAUCGACUUGGCGUCGGCGGCGCUGUCUGAACCGUCGGGCGCCGUACAAUUGCAGCUGCGAUACAAAGGCUGCGAGUAUGACAUCGAAUGUGAGCCCAGUGAAGGCUGGGAAAUGCUGCGCAUGCAGAUCUACUCCAUGAUUGACGUGCCAUCCGAGCAGCUGAAGCUGUUUGGGCUGGGACUUGAUAAAGGUCAACUGGAUGAGUCCAUCUCUCUACCGCAGGCCUUGGCGAGGGGCAUUGCGGCCCAGAAGAAUUCAGGUCUCCAACUGGCCAAGGUGCCAUUGGAAGGAAGACGAGCCUCCUCGAGUCACGAUGACGACAAGCCAGGGCAAAGGCAUCACACAGGAACCUUGGACUCAGCCAGCGCUUGGUGUUCCAAGCGCGAUGACUGCAGCCCCUGGUACCAACUGGACCUAGGGGAGGUCGGAAAUGUUGCGGGAGUGGUUUUGGCCUCGCGCGCGGAUUGUGGCCAAUGGGUCACAAGGUUCCGGGUUGAGCUGGCCGAUUCUGAGGAUGGACCCUGGACUUCGGCUGACGAUGGCAGGGAGUUCGAUGGGCCAGGCUACGCACUCCCCGUGCGUGCGGUCUUUCAAAACGGCUCACAGCUUGCCCGCUUCGUUCGAAUACUGCCACUAAGUCACCGGAACCAUUGCUCUCUCCGCGCAGAUUUGCUGCUGGCUACAGGAGAACCGGACAAGCCGCCUGUAAUUGUCGCCCUGGGAAACUUCAGUGAGGGAGACCCCUUCGAAUCUGAGACGCCCGAGGUGCCAAUGGACGCCAUGAUGGAGGAGCAGCACCUGGCGAUGUUGCAGGCCAAGCUGAGCUCGCUGCCACCCAAACUCCAAAAUCAGGUCGGAUCCCUGGCCACAGUGCAGGGAUAUGAGAUGAAGCCGCUACAGCGACAGGCGCUGGACGAGAUUCCUGUCCUUGCCCUCGAUGCCGCCGUGGAUCCAAGCGAGAGCUACGAGAUCUCCUUCAUGAGGAUGGCAGCGUUUGCAACGUUGGCCUUCGUUUUCGGCGGUGCCAUCGGCGCCAACUUUGCAUCUGUGUCAGAGGAUGGCUCGAUGCUUAGGCAAUUCGCCGGAAUUCGAUUCGGAUCGCGAUCAGCAAUGAAGACGCGAAUGCAGGAUUUUGCGAGGCAAGAGCUCCUCUUUCAGUAUCACAGUCCGCCGUCUGCCUUCCCAUCGGACAAGCUCCGCAGUGGUGCUGCUUGUGCUCUGCUGGUAGUGGGAGGUCUGUGGCUUCUGCGUGUUGCCACAGGCCAUUUGGAGUUCUGGGCGGCAUCCGUUGACUCCUUGCUGUCCCUGAAAUCUGUGGCAGCAGGGUCGCCCUUGCUGGCGGCCGGCUGCGGAGCAGGUGCCGGCGCGCUUCACACUUUGUCGGGCCCCGACCACCUUGCAGCGCUGGCACCCCUUGCCCUUCGAGUGCGAAAGGGGCCAGGAGCAGCCUUUCGGACAGGCAUGUUUUGGGGCUCUGGCCAUGUCGCUGGGCAGCUUCUCCUUGGGUCUGGCCUGCUUUUGCUGAGCCGCUCUCUUCCUCGAUUUCAACUCGGGCUCGCCGGGCUCGCAGAGCAGCUGGCAAGCCUUGCAGUUGGCUUCGUGCUCAUGACGAUCGGUGCACUGGGCAUCAAGGAAUCACGAGACUGGGACGAAGACCAGAAUCAAAGGAGCGUGCAGACCAGUUUCAGCUGGAAGACUUUCGGAACAGGAAUGCUUUCUGGAAUGCGACUCGGCUCAAGAUCAUAA